CUCCAUCACCUCCUACGAUCCCCUUUCGCGUUUCCAUCGCGCAGUCCGCUCCACAUAGCGAUUUUAUCUAAAAUACAUCUAUAGAUACCUUGAGAAUCACCCCUUCUUCAAUAUGGGCGGCAGGGACGAGGCCACCGGGACCCCGGACCCCGUCGAGAAGGGGUUCGCCACCCUCAAUACCAUCCGGAUCGGUGUCAAGGCCAUGGUGCAGAAGGAUGGAGAACUACGAAAAGCAGAAAUUCUUUCGAUAAAGCAGCGGAAAGAUGGCCCUUCUUUCUACGUCCACUAUGUCGAUUUUAACAAGCGUCUUGAUGAAUGGAUUGAUUCCGGAAGAAUAGACCUGUCACAUGAGGUCGAAUGGCCUCAGCCAGAGAAACCGGAGAAGAAGAAGACCGGCCCGGGCAACAAGGCACCUAGUAAGAACGCCCAGAAGCGUGCUAGAGCCGAAAGCCGGGAUGUAUCAGCAACGCCUGAUCUUCUGACUGGAAAGAACACCAACGUUGGCAAAGCCCAGCGCCCGUCUAAAGCGGGCGGCAAAGAGAACCGCGACGAGACCCCCGUGAACCUCUCCAUCGGAGGUUCAGAAGCUGUUUCCGCGGAUGGAACCCCCAAGCCCGACUCGGAUGAUGUCGACAUGAUCGAUGUCGGCUUUUCCAAAGAUGAAAAGGAAGAAGCGAAAGCACUAGGUCUGAUGUCGCGCGAAGAAGAAAUCGAACGCCUACGUACUAGCGGUAGUAUGACCCAGAACCCAACAGAGAUUCACCGCGUGCGAAACUUGACCCGUCUCCAAAUGGGCAAAUACGAUAUCGAGCCCUGGUACUUCUCACCAUACCCGGCAUCGUUCUCCGACGCCGACGUCGUAUACAUUGACGAGUUCUGCCUGGGAUAUUUCGACAACAAGCGCGCCUUCGAGCGUCACCGGUCCAAAUGCACCCUCGUGCACCCGCCCGGAAACGAAAUCUACCGGGACGACUACAUUUCAUUCUUCGAAGUCGACGGCCGCCGCCAACGAACCUGGUGUCGCAACCUCUGUCUACUGAGCAAACUCUUCCUCGACCACAAAACACUGUACUAUGACGUCGACCCCUUCCUCUUCUACUGCAUGUGCAGUCGAGACGAAACAGGCUGCCAUCUCGUCGGCUACUUCUCCAAGGAAAAAGACUCCGCGGAAGGCUACAACCUGGCCUGUAUCUUAACCCUCCCUCAAUACCAACGCCGCGGGUACGGUCGUCUCCUCAUCUCCUUCAGUUACGAGCUCGGCAAGCGCGAAGGAAAGCUCGGAUCGCCCGAGAAGCCCCUCAGUGAUCUCGGUCUCCUUAGUUACCGACAAUACUGGCGAGAAACCCUCGUGGAACUACUCUUAGAAACCGGCCGGGAAUCCGUCAGCGAGCACGACCUCUCAAUGCUGACUUCCAUGACGGAGAAAGACGUCCACGAGACUUUGGUUGUGUUCAAUAUGCUCCGUUACCAUAAAGGAAACUGGGUCAUAGUCCUAACCGACCAAGUCGUCGAAGAGCACAAGAAGCGCCUUGAAAAGGAGAAAAUUAAGGGCGUUCGCAAAAUCGAUCCCGCCCGGCUGCAAUGGAAACCGCCCGUCUUCACUGCUUCAUCCCGUACCUGGAAUUGGUAGGGUUACCUAACUGUUGCAGAAAGCUAUUGAACGGGAGCGGGAAAGCCGGGGAGGUUGAUUGAUACCCUAAUAUAUGGAGUCGGUGGUGUAAUGUAUGUGUUUAUGUAUGCUUGCGGCUGUUUUUUGGAGGUCUUGUCCCUUUCCUUUUCUUUUCAGGGGUGUAUGGAUUUUUUGUAAAUUAGAUUACUAUUACUUAGUGCCUUGCAGGGGGAGUUUUGUGGCUUAGCAUGGGAUGGAUGGUUAUAUUUAGCGUUAGCAGGGUUUUAAAAGGUGUUGUGGAAUUCAUCUUCAU